GACAGUUCCGCCGUUUCACGGAAACAAAAAACUUUAUGCCGGCUGGCUUUGUUAGGUGUGACCAAAGAAAGUGACUCGUAAAAACGCCGGUCGUCCGUAUUUUCGUAUUUACGUCUCGUAAAAUUUUUUGUUUUGUUUUAUGGUAGUUUACGCGGAUUCGAACAAUUAGAUAAUUCUAAUUAAAAAGUUAUCGUGUUUCACGACUUUGUGAUCCUUCAAACUCAGCAAGACUGACAACUACAAACAUGGCUUGGGUGCCUCUUGAAUCUAAUCCAGAAGUUAUGACUAAGUUUGCUCAUCAACUUGGUGUACCAAAGAAAUGGGGCUUCGUCGAUGUGUACGGUACAGACCCUGUAAUGUUGGCUCUGGUUCCUAAGCCCGUGUUAGCCCUCAUUCUUUUAUAUCCUCUGUCCAGCAAGACUAGCGAAUACGACGCUGAGGAAGCAAAAAAAAUAGAAGAAUCUGGACAAAAAGUAUCCAGUACUGUAUACCAUUUAAAGCAAUGCGUGUCCAAUGCGUGCGGUACAGUUGCAUUGGUGCAUAGUAUUGCUAACAAUACAGAUGAGAUACAGUUAGAAGAUGGAUUUAUGAAAAAAUUCAUUGCUGAUUCGCUGGACUGUUCGUUUGAGGAUCGUGGUCAACUUCUCAUUAAGGAAGGACAAGGCAUUGGCGAAGCUCAUGAAAAAAUGGCUCAGGAAGGGCAGACAGCGGCACCGCCUGUUGAUCAACCGGUUUACCAUCAUUUUGUCGCAUUCGUUCACAAAGAUGGCUCCUUGUAUGAACUCGAUGGUUCAAGACCCACCCCGAUAAAUCAUGGUCCAUCAACGAAAGAAACAUUGUUGGAAGACGCAGCAGAAGUUUGCAAAGCUUACAUGUCCCGUGUCCCUAAAGAAGUGCGCUUCACAAUGGUCGCCCUGGUUCCAAACGAAUGAUAAUUCAAGCCAGAACGACAAAAACAAUCAAAGAAGAUAAAUGAUGUGCUAGCAAAUGCAGCUUUUGUACAUUGUACAACGACUGAAAUUCAAGUGUAAAAUUCUUUUGUAUGUUUUUUAUAUAUAAACCGCUGCUUUAUUGCUGCGUGGGAUCACUCAUGCCACAAACAAGACCAGAUAAAAAAUAGAAACUUGAUUAUCGUGAUGGAUAUCUGAGGAAUGCCAGCAGUGACGUUUGUAGUUUUCCCACCGUGUGCUACUACUAUAAUGUAAAAUUUUGUAUUUUAUAAAUUAUAUAAACGCCUCGAGAUCCAUAAUUUUCUAAAUAAAUUAUAAAAACUGAUGAAUAAUCGCUCGCAAAACUCACUUUGAAAAGUAAAGUAUCGUCAAAGUAUUCAACAGACUGUGGGAAAAAACGAGAAGAAAACGCUUCUGAACGCAUUAUUUAUAUUCUUUGUCUUUUAUUUUCGUAAAUUCAUAAAAUUGGAAACAAAGUAAUUUAUAAUACUUUCGGAGGUAUUUAAAACCAUACGCAUAUAUAAAAACGAAAAGUUGAAACGAGAGAUCGACGCUUGUCGAACGUGCCAUGAAAAAUUCCGAUAAUUAUAAUCGAACAGAAUUGAAAUAAAAAAUUUGCUAAAAAAGUAAAAUUCUAUUGCGCAUUAUAAUUUUAUAUAUAAAUAUAAGUAUUCCAUGAUACAAUACACGUAUUUUUAUGUUCACUUGUUAUACAACUUAAUCCUAAACACAUCAGCGAUAUCUUACAAAUACAAAUAACUAUUUUAUAUCGGUGUUUUUACGAAUAUAAAGAGGGAUCCCGAUGUAGAAAUCUGGACGAACGAAGAAUUAACGAAAUACCGAAAUAUCGUGAUCCCUCUUUCGAAAUUCGGCCUACCUACUUGUCAGAGAAUUUGCCUUUUUUUUCUUCUACCUAAAAUAUACGAAUGUCUUGUCGCUACCUAUUUUGCUGAACACGAAACGCGGACACUGUUCAUUUUUAUAUUAUUUUUAAAAUCCUUAUUUCUAAAAAACCGCUGUGUCUUUUGUGAAACAACAAUAAACUUUACACGUGCUUGAAUUUCA